AGAAACAUGGCAGCGGCUGUGAUGGAGCUCAACAACCACCACAGUAAUGAUCUAUCACAUCUUAAACGCACCGACAGCCUCAAAUCUCCAUCUGGGGACGGAAACUUUACAGACAACGUGGUUGAACUUGUACAAAAAGAUAUCGGCAGUGAUCUGAAGUCGCUGAAAAAUGUCGCGGGGCUUUUGGAGAAAUUGACAUCAGAGAACAAGCAGUUGGAAGAGCAGGUUCAGACAGUAUCAUCUUCAGUUCCUUUGCGCGUGUCCGCUGCCCUGGCCGCCGCAGAUGAGUCACGUGUCAAACUGGACUCUUUACUGGAGAAGGAGAGACUUCUUUCCAACACUUUACAGCAGCAUCUGCAGGGCUCACAGGUGUGGACAGACAACAUUGGACAGGUCCUGGGUCAGCUUGAUACGUUAGAGAGGCAUAUGAAGUACCUGCAAUGCCUGGCUCGGAUUGAGGAGCUCAGUGACAGUAUUCAGCAGCAUCUGAUGACCAACAGCGUGUGGGAAGCAGUUGGAGCCAUAGACAGCAUGGCCUCUCUGGACAUGGGUUUACGGGAGUCAGGAUGUACCCACCUUCAGUCUUUUCUCCGAGAAACGCUUCGCUUCUGGCAUAAGAUUCUUAAAGACAAACUAACCAGUGAUUUUGAGGAAGUCCUGACUCAGUUCCACUGGCCGUUCAUUUCGCCCCCCACACAGUCCCUCUCUCCCCCUGCAAAUGCUCAGGAGCUCAACAGCCAGCUGGAGCUGCUGGUUUCUCAACUUCUAUCUCUGCAGACCUCGGAUGACCUUAUAUCAGAGAAGGAUGCACCAUCUCGUCCUGGACUUUCCCAGAAUCCUCCUCUCUCGCUGCCCAUUCAGAUCAUGCUGCUUCCCCUCAGCAAAAGGUUCCGAUACCACUUCACAGGAAACCGGCAGACCAACAACUUAUGCAAGCCAGAGUGGUAUUUGACUCAGGUGCUUAUGUGGAUUGGUAACAGCUCCAACUUUAUGGAAGAAAAGAUUCAGCCUAUAUUGGAUCGUGCUGGAGGCAAGGUUAAUGCCAGCGUGGAGCUGUGUAGAGCGCUCCUCACUUUAGGGCAGGAGAAGCUCGCCCACGAUGCUCCUCGGUUGCUCUACGAUGAUGCUAUGUUCUGCCAUCUCGUCGACGAGGUGCUGCAGUUUGAAAAAGAGCUUCGCACCACCCACAGUUACCCACACUCUUACCCUGGCGUCUUGCACAUACUUCUGGAGGAGAGCGUGUUCCAGAAAUGGCUUAGCGUGGAGAGAAAAAUGGCUGUGGAAAAAGUGGAUGCCAUGCUGUCGGCAGAGGGGGCCUGGAGUUCUCAGUAUAAAGACAUCACGGAUAUGGAUGAGCUUAAAGCGCCAGAUUGUGCAGAGACAUUUAUGACCCUUCUCCUAGUCAUCACAGAGCGGUACCGUUCUCUGCCGUGUCCACGGGCCCAGCUCAAUUUUCUGGCUCUGCAGAAGGAGCUGGUGGAUGAUUUUCGAAUUCGCCUAACGCAAGUGAUGAAAGAAGAGUCUCGACAGCCGCUGAGCUCGCGUUACUGUGCCAUCCUCAACGCUACCAACUACAUCUCCACUGUUCUCAGUGACUGGGGAGAUAAUGUUUUUUUCUUACAGUUGCAGCAUGCAGCAGUGUCUGUGGGCGACGAGAUCUUGGGACCUCUGGGGGCCACUGAGACGGGGCGACUGGCCUCUUUGGAGGGUUCUUUGUUUGAGGCCUUAUUGGCCCUGCUGGAGAGGUUACGAGGGGACAUGCAGGGUCGAUUACGGGACGCAGUUAUGAGAGACGUUAAGGAGAAAGCACAGCCAUACUGUAAAGACAGAUGGAUCUCCCUGCCGUCACAGUGCGACCAGGCCACUAUGUCUUUAUCCAGCUCUGCGUGUCCCAUGAUGCUUUGCUUGCGGGAUCACCUGCUCCAGUUGCAACAGCUGUUAUGUCUUCCUCUUUUUCAGAUGCUCUGGCAGGGUCUCGCCGAGAGGCUCGACCACUUUAUCUACGAAGACUUGAUACUCUAUAACCAUUUCAACGAAGGCGGGGCUGCACAACUCCAAUUCGACAUGAACAGAAACCUCUUCCCUCUGUUUGGUCAUUACUGCAAGAGACCUGUAAACUUCUUCAAACACAUAAAGGAGGCAUGUAUCAUCCUGACUCUUAAGGUCGGCCCAGCACUCUUGUUGUGUGACGUAUUAAAGCAAGCAGAGGAUGAAGAUGGAGCCCUGAACCCUCAGCAGCCCAGUCCAGAGUCGGCACUAAAUGAGAUGGGCAUCUAUAAGCUGGCACCCAGUGAUGUACAGAUCCUUUUAAAGCUGCGCUCCAACUUGCUCCACCAAUGAGACCACGUUCCUGUUGCCUGGCUCCAGAUGCGGCUGUUACGAUGCAUUACCAGACACUAAGAGACCUCUUAUAUUUAACAAAAUCUACAGUAUUUACAGUGGACUGAAUUGUCGAAGAAGAAAUAUUAACAGUAAGUACUGUAUGGUGCUGAUGCAACACUGCAUGUUCAGACAAAAAAAAGAAACGUUUGACGUUUCUGCUCUAGUGAUUCAGAUCAUAAUAAAUUC